AGUCAUAAACGCACGGUCUAUGAACUCGCGAGGGAAACGGGGCGCUGGCGAAUAUCUCUGCUGUGCGGAGGGUCUAGGAAGAGUAUUCCCAGGGUUUGGGGAGCUAGGCCUGCUUUGAGUGGUUGGCCCACGUCACGUGAUGGGAGGAAGGCGGUCGCAGGGGAGCGACUCCUGGUGUCUUGUGAGAUCAUCACACCGCGACUACACGCUGCAGUUGUUGGCAUCUUGGGUGCGAUUUUCUAUUUUGUACAUACGUUAUUUUGUAUAUACUGUAUAUGAUGACUUCGGUGAGCAGUGACCGUUCCCGAGGUUCUCGGGAAAAAACACAGAUUUCAGGAACACAGGCAUCACAACUACAGAAACAAGUAGUACAGGCAACAGCUGAACAGAUGCGUCUCGCUCAAGUGAUCUUCGAUAAAAAUGAUUCAGAGUUUGAAGCGAAAGUUAAACAGCUUAUGGAAGUGACGGGGAAAAAUCAGGAUGAGUGCAUAGUGGCUCUACAUGACUGUAAUGGAGAUGUGAACAAAGCUAUCAAUAUAUUGCUGGAAGGGAAUUCAGACACGACUUCAUGGGAGACUGUAGGGGGGAAGAAGAAGAAUUUUGGAAAAGAAAGUUCAGAGAACAAAGAGAAUAGAGAGAAGAGAAAUGAGAGAGAAAUAAAUCGUGGACGUGGAAAUAACAACCGGAAAGGAAGAGGUGGCAAUCGUGGGAGAGAGUUUAGAGGCGAAGAGAAUGGAAUUGAUUGCAGUCAAGGGGACAAGCAUUCAGAUCGUGGCAAGCGAACCCGUGGCAGAGGAUUUGGACGUGGAAGAGGGAGAGGGGCAGGAAGAUUCACAACACACGGCAUGGGGACAUUUAAUCCUGCGGACUAUUCAGAUUCUCCAUCUGUAGAUGGGUGUGGGACAAAGCCAAUAGUUUGGGAAGCUGCUCAGAAUGGUGCAGAUGAGGGGACUGAACUGGCAUCAAAUGCUCAUAAUGUAGCUCAGGAUCUGCCACACAAAAAUUCCUAUGGACUCGAAGCAGGGGCCUGGAAGAAUUCGGUGGAAGAGUGGACAACAGACGACUGGACUGAAGAUCUUUCUGAAACAAAAGUCUUCACUGCCUCAGCUGUUCCAGCAGAGAAUCAUGUCACACCUGGGCAAAGCAUUGAUCUGGUAGCCUUGCUCCAGAAGCCUGUUCCUCCCAGUCAAGCCUCAGAAGUCAACUCCUUUGAAACUUCCCAACAACAGGGCUUUGGCCAAGCCCUUGUCUUCACAAAUUCUCAGCACAACAAUCAGAUGGCACCAGGGACUGGCAGCUCCACUGCUGUCAACUCCUAUUCUCCUCAGAGUCUGUCAUCCGUCCUUGGUUCAGGAUUUGGAGAGCUUGCACCUUCCAAAAUGGCAAACAUCACCAGCUCCCAGAUUUUGGACCAAUUGAAAGCUCCAAGUUUGGGCCAGUUUACCACUACCCCAAGUUCACAACAGAAUAGUACAAGUCCCCCCACAACCACUACUUCUUGGGACCUCAAGUCCUCAACUUCCCAGUCCUCAGUCCUUAGUCAUUUUGACUUCAAAUCUCAACCUGAACCAUCCCCGGUUCUUAGUCAACUGAGCCAGCGACAGCAGCACCACACUCAGCCCGUUGCUGUUCCUCCUCCUGGGUUGGAGUCCUUUCCUUCCCAGGUAAAACUGCGAGAGUCAACACCCAGGGACAGUACCUCCACUGUGAACAAACUUCUGCAGCUUCCCAGCAUGACUGUAGAAAACAUUUCUGUGACUGCCCACCAGUCACAGCCUAAACACGUCAAACUACCGAAGCGGCGGAUACCCCCAGCUUCUAAGAUCCCAGCUUCUGCAGUGGAAAUGCCUGGUUCAGCAGAUGUCACAGGAUUAAACGUUCAGUUUGGCGCCUUGGAAUUUGGAUCAGAACCUUCUCUCUCUGAAUUUGGAUCAGCUGCAAGCAGUGAAAAUAGUAACCAGAUUCCCAUCAGCUUGUAUUCAAAGUCAUUAAGUGAUUCUUUGAAUACCUCUCUACCGAUGACCAGUGCAGUACAGAACUCCACCUAUACAACUUCAGUCAUUACCUCCUCUAGUCUGACCAGCUCAUCGCUGAGCUCCACUAGUCCAGUAACAACGUCUUCCUCCUAUGACCAGAGUUCUGUGCAUAACAGAAUUGCAUACCAAAGCUCUGUGAGUCCAUCGGAGUCAGCUCCAGGAACCGUCACGAAUGGACAUGGUGGUGGUCGAAGUCAGCAGACUAUAGACACUACUUCAUCCGUUCCAGCUCCAAAGACAACGGACCCUCCCUCUGCCCUCCCAUCUGUGGGCUCACUGCCCAGCACCACUUCCUGCACUACGCUUCUACCCUCUGCAUCCCAGCACACUGCCACUUUGCCCUCCAUGUCCCAGCCUGGUGACCUGUCCAGCAGCCCCCUCUCUCAGCUUAGCAGUUCCCUCUCCAGCCAUCAGAGCAGCCUCUCCUCUGCACAUGUGGCACUCUCCUCUAGCACGUCACACACACAUGCCAGCGUGGAGAGCACCCCUUCCCUCCAGUCCUCAGCCACCUUCUCAACGGCAGCAACCUCUGCCUCGGGUGCCACGUCCUCAGGGCUCAGCCUGCCGAGCAGCAUGAACACAGUGAACAGCCUCUGCCUGGGCGGGACCACUGUGAGUGCCCCCAGCAGCAGUACCAGGGCCACGCCCUUGGUGACCUCAGGCAAAGCACCCCCUAACCUGCCCCAGGGAGUACCUCCCCUGCUGCACAACCAGUACCUCGUGGGCCCGGGAGGACUGCUUCCUGCCUAUCCCAUCUAUGGCUAUGAUGAGCUCCAGAUGCUACAGUCACGGCUGCCAAUGGAUUACUAUGGAAUUCCCUUCGCUACACCCACAGCUUUGGCCAGCCGAGAUGGGAGCCUAGCUAAUAACCCAUAUUCAGGUGAUGUCACCAAGUUUGGCCGAGGUGACUCUGCAUCCCCCGCGCCCCCCACCACGCUGGCUCAGCCUCAGCAGAGCCAAUCCCAAGCCCACCACACAGCCCAGCAGCCCUUUCUGAAUCCUGCGCUGCCACCCGGCUACAGCUACACUGGCCUCCCCUACUACACAGGCGUGCCUAGUGCCUUCCAGUAUGGGCCCACCAUGUUUGUCCCUCCCGCCUCAGCCAAGCAGCAUGGUGUGAACCUCAGCACCCCCACCACCCCUUUCCAGCAGGCCAGUGGUUAUGGCCAGCACAGCUACAGCACAGGUUAUGAUGACCUGACCCAGGGGACAGCAGCGGGAGACUACACCAAGGGUGGCUAUGGUGGAUCAUCGCAGGCACAAAACAAGUCUGCAGGUUCUGGGCCUGGCAAAGGAGUGUCUGUGUCUUCAAGCACCACCGGCCUGCCUGAUAUGACUGGCUCGGUCUACAGCAAGACUCAGACUUUUGAUAAGCAGGGAUUUCAUGCAGGGACUCCUCCACCGUUCAGCCUGCCCUCGGCCUUGGGCUCCACCGGGCCCCUGGCUGCUGGAGCGGCCCCUGGUUAUGCGCCCCCACCGUUCUUACACAUUCUGCCUGCCCACCAGCAGCCUCACUCACAGCUGCUCCACCACCACCUUCCACAGGAUGCCCAGAGUGGCUCGGGUCAGCGCAGCCAGCCCAGCUCCCUGCAGCCCAAGUCGCAAGCCUCCAAGCCUGCCUACGGCAACUCUCCAUACUGGACAAACUGAACCCUGAAGAGAGGGGUGGGCUAGGGCGGGGCUUACCCUGGGCAGGAGAGAACAUGCGGAGCCCAUUGCUCUGGGAGCCCAGCACCCUUUCCUAGAAUUCCUGAGACGUGUAACUGUGUCAGCCGAGCCUCUGUGGGGAGCCUGCCUCCCAGACUCGCUCUUGUAUGUAAUGUAUUUAUGUAUGUAUUUGUAAAUGUGAUAGAAGUCUUGGGAGAGUGGGGGGGGGUACAGCUGCUACUCUUAGCCAGGCCUGCUCUCCCAACUACAGCCCCUUUUCACUGUAGCAAAUAACCCCCUCUUUCCACUUCUGCCUUUAGGCCUUCUGUAUAGCCUCCCAGCCAGCGGGCAGCUGGGAGCAGUGUCUGGAAGGGCUGGUUGAAGGCAGUUUGGGUUUUGGGGUCAGGUACCAAUGAAGAAUCACGACUUAUUUUGCUCCCUUGUAAGCCAUUAUUUGAGGUUUCCUUCCCUGUGUAAUUACUUUAGCCCUCGCUUUCUGAGAAACUGGUCCUUUUGUCAUUUGCCCUGUUCCUCUCCUGCCAAAUCUUGAUCUGGGAAUAGCAGAGAUAUCCUUCCUGCCCAGCGUGAAAGUGGCACCUGUUUGUCUGCAUAUAGAGCAGAGGCUUCUGCUUCUGGUCUUGUCCCCAAGAGACUUGCCUUCCUCUGGCUGACCGUUUUUUAAAAACAGUCUGAAGUUGCACUCAGAGAUGUUGUCAGUCUGCUCCCUUUAGAAAACAAAAAAAUCAAAGAUACGCUGUCACCUCAGUGAGAACAUGUCUCCAAGCAAAGGCUCCUCUAUGCCAGUUGUCCUGAACCAGGUGGGCGACUGUUUCAGGGGUUUUCUCUUCUGCCCGAUCUCCACCUAAUAAAGUUCUGAGAGCAUG